CACUUUUCCCAUUCUCUCCUUUUUACCCAUUUUCUCUCCGUACUCCUCCUCUCAUACCUUCGUUCAAAGUGACAACCACCAUUAAAUUUUCAUCUUCCAUCUUUACCCUAUCGUCACAACCCUACUCACCCAUACCCUACCAUCCUUCCCGCCCGCCGUCACGAGAACCACGAGCCGAACGAACUUCAACGACAUAGGCCGCUUGCCGUGCCAAAUAGGACCAAGGGAAGUGGUGAUAUUGAUAUAUGGUUGCAUUGCGAUUAAUCGUUUCCCUCUCUACCGGUACUUCAAUUGCCUUGUGCCAUUCUUGUCUCUCCCCGUCCUCCUCCUCAAUUCCCUAGAACAACCUUUGAACCGGCCGAGAAGCUCGAGUCCAACUUUACUCUUACGAGUCGUUCUUGCUAUACAUAUUAUUAUAUAAUAUUAUUGCAAUAUCAUACUAUACAUUUUUUUCCUUUCCCAUAGCAAUUACUUUCUGAGGGAGGAAGCUUGAUCCAGGCGUCAAACUACCACGGGAAUUACUGGAAUAGUGUGUGAGGUCUUUUAAAGAGCGACAGAGCCAGCCAGUCGAAACUCUGGGUGGGGAAGGAGGGGGGUCCCUCUCCGUAGAGAGAGAAAAAAGAGCUUGUGUUUUUUUAUUUUUAUCUUUUGAAAGGAAGUCUCUUCUUCGUCCCUACAACUUUUUCGCCUCUUCAACAAACUUUGCCUUGCGGUAUCAUACUCGUACUCUAAUCUCACUCUCUUCGGCUUGGUUCCAUUGCGGGCGUGUGGUGUGCGCCCUUCUUCUCGCUCAUCCUCUUCCUCCUCUGCAUCUGUCAACCUUUCUCUCUCCCUCCGGGGCCAGUUGUCUUCUGUCCCGGUCGCUUAGCCCAAUUCUUAAUUUUUGCACACCGCAGAAGAGCAACCGGCAACCAACUGCCCGUUGCAGGCAAGUAUUUCCCCCUCCUUAUUUCUGCAUUUCAUCUGCCCUUCAUUUCCAUCCAUUUUCUCCCCCAAACAACCCAUCCAUCCACCACCACCACCACCACCACCCCUCCCCCCAUCUGUGUCUACCCUCGCUCUCCGCUCCGCCCUACAUCGCACCUCAACCGCUUUUGCUCUCCGUUGUCUCCGCCAUCUUUCCAUCAUUCUCACUCCUUGCUCUUUACCCACCCCCCCCCCCCGUCACCCGUCAACUCACUCCCCUACUCCCUUAUUCCCCCCUUUCUCUCCCUUUUUUCCCUCGAAAAAACUCCCACCCUCUCGUUUCCCUUUGGCCAACAUGUCCCCUUCCAACCCUUCACCAAACUUGGACAGCACAGAAAUUGUUCUCCCCUAAAAGAGAAGCCACCCUUCCCGUCGCUAUCCACCCCAUCCACUCAUCAUCGAGACGCCCAUCCUCAGCCGCCCUUGAUUACCCCCUAAACUUUUUCCUCCCCACAACACCCAAAGGACAAAAAACUGGGAUUCAAGGAACUCCCCACCAAACUGCCCGACUGGUCUACUCGACUUCGAGCCAUCUCGGAUAAACACACCCAAACACUAGAAGCACAGCAACCCCAAUCCCCUUCACCCACACAACCGCCUCCACAAAAUUCCCGAAAACGCGCUGCAUCCGGUCCUGAGAACGAUGCCCCUGUUCCUCCAGCAACGCCGAUGGCCAUGGCUACGACCACGGUUGUAGGCCCUCACCCCUUGCGGACAAAUUCCCCUGCUGUGGAGAAGAAGUUGGAGUGCUUGCCCACUGGAAAGUCGAAAAUGGCAGCCAAACCGACUGCCGCCAAACACAAGUUCUCGUCAAUAGACGGUCCUCAAAUUUACUACGAUGGUGAGGCUCAACAGACAUUUUACGAUUGCUGGACCACGCUUAAUUCUAAGCGGGGAUUGCUGAGGAAGGAGAUGAUGACUAUUAGGAGGAAACGGGUCAUGACAUUACCGACGCAUAACUACGGUUAUGAUGACGACUCCGAGGAGGAGGGAUCUGAUAAGGAGUCUGACCAGGGGCCUAAAGAGACCGAGGAGGAAAGGUUGAAGAGGGAGGAGGAGGAGCGGAAGAAGGCUGAGGAGGAGCGAUUGAAAGCAGAGCGGGAAAAAAAGGCGGCGGAGGUUCUGGAGUACAUCGACUCGUGUCUGGAUAAGGCGUCGAAAGGGUGUGAGAAUGCUGCCUUCUUGUGGUUGAAAGGGGAUAUCUGCGCAGGUCACAUUUCUUUCAUCAAUUCGAGAAUGCAGGAGGCAGUGGAUCGGAUCAACCUAGAGAUAGAUAAGAUGAAGCCAGUCGCGCCUCCUGCUCCCGCUCCCGCCGUGGAGGAUGAGGGUAUUGGUGCAGAGAUGGAUAUUGACGCUGACGAUACACCGACAACCAUUGCUCUACCACCUCGGAAGAUGGACACUGCGAUGCAUGACUCCAGAGUAGUCGGAGUCAGCUAACACCACCCUCUUGGUUUCAUACCAAGUAUGUCUUUUUUUUCACCUCUUUUCUGCAUCCGCCCCCAGCCAACUCCUAAGCAUUAAAACCACCGUUCAUACUCGCUCGCUGGACCGUACAUAUAGCCUUCCUCUUUCCUUCUGGUCAAGCCAAUCAUGCAUUUCUAAAAGCACCUUUGAUAUACUCUUAUUUAUUACCCCACCCUAUUUCAUACUCCGAAUUGGAUUUUGGUUGCUCUCAUUCUUCCAUUCUUUUGCACAACGUUAAACCUCUCAAGUUUUUCUGUUCACGCAAACUUUUUUCAUCCCUAGGAUUUCAAUUUCUCGUUUGUUCGUUUUCUUUUGUCUUUACAUCGGGACUUGACGAAUUCAUAUUAUGACGGGGUUUUUUUUUUUACAGUUUUCCUCUGGUUCUUUCUGAAUGGGUUGCUGUUCUCACUUGGAAUAUUCUGGGAGUUGUUCUCCCCGUCUAAAUUUUUUUUUUUUUUACCCGCAACGAAAAAAAAAAAAGAAGUUUUAACCGAACCGAACUGAAUCAAUUCCAUCUUGGAACAAACAAAAGAACAAGGAAAACAAAAUCACAUAUUUUAUAAAAAACUGCUUUGCUAGAUUUAGUCUAAUUUAUAGCGAAUAUGAGAUUAUGUCAUAGUUUGGAA